UCUGGACGGGAGCCCAUCGCUGUGGUUUGGCAACACAACCAGCACAACAUCUCUUUUCUCAUCUCUUGAAGAAAAAAACAAAACAAAACAAAACAAAAACCAACAGAGAAAAAAAUACCUUGAGAAUAAAGGUAAUGAUUAAUCUAUCAGGCACAAAAAGGAUCGUUUGGGGGAUUUCAGGUUCUAACCUGCUAAUUCAAAUAAACAACUGUGAACAGGAGAUGACAAUUUCACCAGAAGAGGAUUAAGUCACGGGUUCUAAUUGGCACAGUGUUUGUACAGUCAGAGAAGCUCACCAGACAUCUCCAGGAAUCUGUGAGCAGUUGUCAAAACUCCCAUUUUCAUGUGCGAGUGAAGUAGGGACCAGAAGAAGCAGGUAUUGGUGGAGAGUGGUCCUUGGAGAAGACCCAAGAUGCAGCCUGGGAAAGGACGAAAGGGGAAGAGCUUCAAGCAAAGACUGGUCUUGAAGAGCACCUUAGCUAAAGAAACAAUCUCUGAGUUCUUGGGCACCUUUAUAAUGAUCGUCCUUGGAUGUGGCUCUGUUGCCCAAGCUAUCCUCAGUCGUGGACACUUGGGAGGAAUUGUCACUAUCAAUGUUGGAUUUGCAAUGGCAGUUGUAAUGGCCAUUUAUGUGACUGGAGGUGUCUCUGGUGGCCACAUCAACCCAGCUGUGUCUUUUGCAAUGUGUCUCUUUGGACGGAUGAAAUGGUUCAAAUUUCCUUUUUAUGUGGGAGCCCAGUUUUUGGGAGCCUUUGUAGGAGCUGCAGCCCUCUUUGGCAUUUACUAUGAUGGACUUAUGUCCUUUGCUGGUGGAAAAUUGCUCAUCGUGGGAGAAAAUGCAACAGCACACAUUUUUGCGACAUACCCAGCUCCAUAUCUGUCCCUGACAAAUGCAUUUGCAGACCAAGUAGUGGCCACCAUGUUCCUCCUCAUGAUUGUCUUUGCCAUUUUUGACUCCAGAAAUUUGGGAGUCCCCAAAGGCCUAGAACCCAUUGCCAUCGGCCUCCUGAUUAUUGUCAUUUCUUCCUCCUUGGGAUUGAACAGUGGUUGUGCCAUGAACCCAGCUCGAGACCUGAGUCCCAGGCUUUUCACUGCUUUGGCAGGAUGGGGGUUUGAGGUCUUCACAGCUGGAAAUAACUUCUGGUGGAUUCCUGUAGUGGGCCCUUUGGUUGGUGCUGUCAUUGGAGGCCUCAUCUAUGUGCUUGUCAUUGAAAUCCACCACCCAGACCCUGACCCAGACUUCGAGACAGAACAAACUGAAGACAAAACAGAUAAAUAUGAACUUAGUGUGAUAAUGUAGUAGUGUGCUCAGUUCUGGGUUUGCAAUUGGCUGAACUAGUAUUCUCUUCAGAAAAGACGGCAUCCAGGCAUCUGUGUUUUCAUAAGACUAGGAUGGAAUCCAUCCAAUUUUCUCUGCUAGCCGUGUGAGGCACCUAACUGUAAAAGCAUCCAAGUAAAAGCUUGCAAAUGCCGACCUCUUCUCCACCAGCUUCCCCCAGAAUAGCACUGAAUAUUCCCUGCUCUGUUUAUUUUAUCCUUUGAUGGGAAUCUUUAUUAGUGGAUGAGCACUAAUCACUUAGAACUUUGACCAUGGACUUAUUUGGAUGAUCUUAGCUGCAUUACUUGUAUGAAAUGACAUUACAAAAGCCUUGUUUUCAAAUUCCACAAAGAUUACAUUUUGAGUAUCAACCAAAACUAAAUUGAAAGACAAAAUAGUGAUUUCAGUUAAUAUGUCCACGGAUUAGCAUUAACUCUGUAGUUAUGUUGUGCCACUAUCUUUGUAUGAAUACAGAUAUUCCUCAAACCUCGGAAUAAAGGAAACGUAGACUACAGCUGGAAAGCACAGAGGAAGGACAUUGUGGCAUUCAGAAACCUCAGGAGACAAGACAAAUUUGGGAAACCAAAUGGAAUUUUUUAAUGGAAACCAUUUAUCAGAUUAAUCUCUUGCUCUUUGCAUUUUAGAGGGCACCAACUAAUUUCCUUGUCUUUGGUAUAUAAUAACCUAAAAUACAACUGUAACCUCAGUCAUGAAAAAUACAUCACUCUGUAUUUUUAACUCAAAUGUAUUUUCCUAAUUGUCCACUUGAGGAUAGACGUUUGAGAAAAGAUGUCAAUGGCUGCACUCAUCCAUUAUUCUUCACAUGCCCUAGAAGUCAAAACUGAAAGCCACUGGAACCUGGACUAGAGCAAUCUUCAGGAUAGAAGGUCCCUGGAAAGAUAGCAUUACCUUAUUGGGCUUUACAACUCACAAAACACUUCCAUAUUUAUUAUCUAAUUUAAUUCUCAUGGUGAUUGUUUGAGGUAUAUGCCAUGCUUCCCAUUUUCUCAGAUAAAGAAACAGAAGCUCAGGGAAGUUAAGUGAGUUGCCGAAGGCCACAAGGAAAAUUGAGCCUUGUCUAAUGCAUCCUACACCUUUCUGAAGAUCAAUAACUGGCCAAGAUUCUUGGCUAGCCAGAAGACAUGGAUUGGCAGUUGCCAGAAUGUGCACAUCUUCUGGACAUAAUGUUCCUGGGAUCCUAAAAUAUAAAGACCUUCAUCAUCUGGUUUUAUUUCCACUGUUACUGAAGCACUAACAAAGGAAAGAGGUAGCAAUUUGGUUGUACUUUUCAUGUGCUGAAAAACGUUAUCAGAAGGCCUCUCUUGCUUGCACUUGCUAAAUCUUGCUCCUCUUCCCCCUCCUUCCUUCCCUGCCAAUCACAAACAUUACAUUUGGGGAAUUUCCUGUUGGUCAGGCUCUUCCCUGUGAAGUGCUCUAAUUGAUGUUGCUUUGGUGACAAAUUUACACAAGCUUGUAACUCACAAGCACCAGAGAAAUUGCCCUACACCAAGUGAUUCAUUCUCAAACUGUUAAAAAGCCCAGCCUUCCCAGAGGUAUCCACUUUCCCAAUUGCUUUGUGAUGAUCGCAGAACAAAAAGUAAAUGUGAAAUGUUUCCAGUGGCCUAUGUUCUACCAUCUACCAACCUGGAAUUUUUUUUUCCUUGCUCUGAAACUACCUGGAUAUUUCCUCUUUGAAAUAAAAUUAGUGUUUUUUUUUUUUAAGUUUUUAGGAGUAUUAUGACUUCUAAGUACAUAUGUUCAUCCUGUCUACAAAUUGAGAACUCCUGGGGAGCUUUUAAAAACUACUAAUACCCAGUUAUUCUUUUGUAAAUAUCACAGUGAUUCAAAUGCAUAGCCAGGGUUGAGAACAUUGAGUUAGUUAAAUUAUAUGUGUCUAAGCUUUCUUUGAGAACCAUGUCUGGAGGUGGCCAGGUGAUUCCUGGUAGCAUUCACAGGCUUGGGAUCCUCAGAGAUUUGAAAGCAGUGGUUCUCAAUAGGGGGCAGUUUUGCCCCCUGUCCAUUCCCUUCCACCACCCCCUGCAAGGGGAUAUUUGGCAAUGUCUGGAGAGGUUUUUGGUUGUCAUAAUUGGGGCAGGAGAGUUACUGGCAUCUAGAGGAUAGAAGUCAGCAUGCUGCUAAACAUCCUACAAAGGACAAGACAGCCCCAGCCCACCCCCCACAAUAAAGAAUUAUUCAGCCCCAAAUGGCAAUAAUGCAGAGGUUAAGAGACCCUGGAUUUGGAAAAAAAAGUGAGGUGAGGAAUAAGAGAAGACACCAAAACCCUGUGCCCUGGUUCAAGUUCUGCAAAAACAGAGAUGCCAAACAAGUCAGGAACAGCCCCAGGGUAGAUUAUAAUUAUUAGAGGAAGAGGCAACGUAAAAUUUUAGUUUUCAGGUUAAAUUGUGUAAUUUAUGAUCUAUGCAGGUGCUCAUUAAACACUACUUGGUGAUUAAUGACUGAAAUUAUAAAGAAGAAAUGCACACUUAUGGAAAUCAACCCCAGGAAGGCUUUUUUUUUUUAAUGGAAAAAAAAGGUCCUCUUGUUCUAGGUGCUCACAUUUUCUCUCUGCCCCAGUUUACAAGUGAGUUUGCCUGUGGCAGGUUCUUAUGCAAGAUAAUGUCUUUUUGGUUGAAUGAUCAGUAUCAGAAGUCAAUUAGAGCCAAAUAACCUAUUUUUUAAAUAGACCUUUUAGGAGCUGGAAUUUUAACAUCCUCCACCCUCCUUGUCAAUCAUGAAACUUAAUAGAAAGUAUUUAUUUUAAUGACAAACAGAAUUUCUCUAUGAUUCUCCAACUUGUUGAGAUCUCAAAGCAUGUCAAAUAUUGUAGGACUUUUUUUUUUAAGUUUAUUUAUUGGUAGGGAGAGGCAGAGAGACAAGGAGAGAGAGAAUCCCAAGCAGGCUCUGCACUGUCAUCACAGAGCCCAAUGCGGAGUAUGAACCCACAAACCAUGAGUUCAUGACCUGAGCCGAAACCAAGAGUCAGACGCUUAACCUAGUGAGCCAUCAAGGCACCCCAGACUUUUCUAACUAGUAAGAACCAAGGUUAAUACUCAGCUGUUGAACAGGAUAAGCAAAGGAUAAAUGUCACAUUUAAAAAUCUGAUCCUUAAGAUAUAAAUUAUUAUUUCCUUUAAGUUGUUUACACACACACACACACACACACACACACACACACACGUCUUAUAUAAAUGUUGUAGAAUUUUUUUUUACCUCAAUACCCGGGGUUUGUUGUCUUGCCACUUCAAAAAAUGAAGAAGUGGACACAAAAUGAGCAGCAGGCAGAAGUUUAUUAGAGUAUAAGACCAGAAAAGAAUAGUAUGAAAGCUCUCGUUACAGAGAGGGGGCAUUCAAAAGCUAAUGCCUGCAACUAUAGGUAAGGGUCCUUGUUUUAUAAGGUUCUGGUCAGCACCCAUGUCCCUUCCCCCCUCAUUCUUUCCCUUACUGGCUAGACAACUUUAGGUGCUGGGUUGUCAAUUCCUAAUUGGUUCGACUCCAUUGUGUGAGGAGUCAGACUGGUCAUACUGUCUUAAAUAACACAAGUUUUAUGGUUUAGCUAGGUAUUUUUAUUGUCAACACAUUAUACCAGAUGUACUAAACAGAUAGAUACAGACCAUUCCAUCCAAAAGCAAUAGAACAUACAUUCUUCUCAAGGGCACAUGGAAGAUUUUCCAGGUUAGAUCAUGUGGUAGGCCACAAAAUAAGUCUUAACAAAUUUAAGAGGAUUGAAAUUGUAUCAGGCAUCUUUCUGAUCACAAUGGUAUGAAACUAGAAAUGAAUUACAUGAGGAAUACUGGGAAAUCCACCAAUAUGUGGAGACUAAACAACAUGCUACUGAACAACCAGUGGGUCAAAGAAGAAAUCAAAACAGAAAUGAAAAAAUACCAUGGGGGUAAAUAUAAAUGGAAAUAUACCAAAAUUUGUGGGAUGAAGCAAAAGCAGUUACAAGUGAGAAGUUCAUAGUGAGCCUAAAAUGUAUAUGCGAAUGAAAAGGCACUAGAAGACCCAAAACAAAUGAAAAAAGGAACAAAAUUGGAGGACUUAUACUCUCUGAUUUCAGUACUUUCUAUACAGCCAGGGACAGUGUGCUAUUAACAGAGCAUGUCCCUAAGGAGGGACAAAUAGAUUAAUGAAACAAAAUAGAGAAUACAGACUUUGAUCCACAUUUAUGCGGUAAAUUGAUUUUCAGUAAAGGAGUCCAUGUAAUCCUAUAGAGAAAGGACACAGGUUUCAAAAAAUAGUAAUGAAUAAAGGAAUAGAAAAAAAGGAAAUCUUGACUCCUACUUCAUAGUAACAUAAUACACAAACAUUAAUUCAAGAUGGAUCGUAGGCUAAAGCUUCUAGAGGAAAACAUGGGAGGAUAUAUUUACAAAUUUAGGAUUAGAAGAAUUCUUGUAAAAGAAUAUAAAACAAUAAAAAUAGGUUAAUCAGACUUCUGCAAAAUGUAAAACCUCUACCCAUUAAAAGGUACCAUUAAGAAAAUGAAUGUGCAAGCCACAGACUGGGAAAAAAUAUUUGUAAUACAUAUACUUAACAAAGAACUUGUACCCAGAGUAUCUAAAGUACUCCUUCAACUCAAUAAAAAAGACAAACAGAUGUUUUUUAAAUGAGCUAAGGACUUAAAUAGACACUUUAUUAAGGAAUAUAUAUGAAUGGCCAAUAAGAAUAUGAAUGAAGUUCAAAUUAAAAUCACAAUAAUGUAUUAAAUUACAGGCACUAAAAUGGCUAAUUCCAAAAUAGACUUAGUAACAGUAGCUGAACUCAUAUUAUCAGUGGAAGUGUAAAAUGGUACUACUCUGUAAAAGUGUUUUUUUAUAAAAUUAAGCAUACAUAUAUUCCAUGACCGUGCAUUUUACUCUCAAGUAUUGACCCAAGUAAAACAAAAUAUGUCUUCCAAAAAGCCUUAUACAAGAAUGUUCAUAGCAUCGUUAUUCAUUAUAGCCCUCAUUUGGAAAAAAUCCAAAUGCCCAUCAAUAAGAAAAUGGAUAUAUAAUUUGUGGUAUAUUCUUACAAUGAAACAUUACUCAAUAAUCAAAAAUAAUAUGCUAAAGGAGCACUUGGGUAGCAGAGUCAGUUAAAUGUUCAACUCUUGGUUUUGGCUCAGGUCAUGAUCUCACAGUCCAUGAGUUCAAGCGUUGCGUUGGGCUCUGUACUGCCAGUGUGGAGCCUGCUUGGGAUUCUCUCUCCCUCUCUCUCUGCCCCUCCCCCACUCAUACUCUCUCAAAUAAACAAACAAACUUUAAAAAUAACAUGCUAUUAAUACAUGCCAUAACAUGGAUAAAUCUUUAAAACAUGCAGAGUAAAAGAAAUCAGACAUAAAAAGUACAUACUGUAUGGUUCAACUUUUAAUGAGCUCAAGGGCAGGAAAAAGAAAUCAGAGUAUUAUUUGCUGCAGAGGUGGGCAGCAGUAUUGAUUAUAAAAGGACUAGAGAAAAUUUUCUGGAAAUAAAAGUUUUAAAUUUCUUGAUUGGGUUAAAGAUUAUAUAAAUGUAUACACAUGUCAAAACUUACACUGAAAAAUCUGUGCAGUUCACUGUAUGUAAAUAGUACAAGAAAUCUUUAAAAAUAUUAAUAUAUGAUUUCUCAUUUGAAACUAUAAAGGCCACAAGUCAGUGGGAUAGUAAAUUCAAAGUAAUAAAAGAAAAAGACAUCAAUCAAGAAUUCUAUGUCCAGCAAAAAUAUGUCCAGCAAAACUACCCUUUAAAAAAUAAAGGAAAAGUUAAGACUUUGCCAGAAAAACAAAAGCUGAGAGAGUUUGUCACCGAUAGAUCUGCACUGCUUGAAAUACUAAAGGAAAUCUCUCAGGGUGAAAUUAAAGGACAUUAGACAGUAAUCAAAUCCACAUGAGAAAUAGACUGAUAAAAGUAACUACAUAGGUAAAUAUCAAAGGCAGUAGACAUGUCUUUUGUUUAUAACUUUUUUUCACAUGGCAUAUUUUAAAACAUAACUAUAACACUAUAAUUACAUGGUUCUAUUGAUAGUUUUAUAAUGUAUAAGUAUGUAAUUUGUGUGACAACAGCAUGAAGUGAGGAGGGAAUGAAGCUGUAUAGGAGCUAGGGUUUUUUUACAAUAUUGAAAUCAAGUGGCUAUUUAUCAGAACUAGGUUGUUAUAAAUUAAUAAAUUUAUUGUAAUUUCCAGGACAGCCACUAAGACAAUAACUCAAAAAAUAGUAAAAGAGACAAAAGAAUGAAAAUACUGAACUACAAAAUAUGUUUAACACAAAAGCAGGCAAUAAUGGAGGAAUAAAAAAAUAAAAAUACAUAAGACAUAUAGAAAACAAAUAACAAAAUAGCAAUUGUAAAUUCUACCUUAUUAAUGAUUACAUUAAAUGUAAAUAGAUUAAACACUUCAGUGAGAAGAUGGAGAUUGGCAGAAUCAAUCUGAAAAUAUCAUCUAAUUUUAUACUGUCUACAAAAGAUGCACUUUAUACUGAAAGUCAAACAUAGGUUGAAAGUAAAAUGAUGGAAAAGGAUACACACCAUGCAAAUGGUAAUCAAAAGAGAAGUGUCUACUAAUAUCAGAAAAAUAGGUAUUAAUGAAAAACUGUUACUAGAAACCAAGAGAACAUUUAAAAAUGAUAAAAGAGUGCAUCAAGAAGACCUAAGGAGUGUAAACAUACAUGUACUUGAAAAUAGAGUUCCAAAAUACAUGAAGCAGGACAAGUCUCCAGGACAGACUAUAAGUAGGCCAACAAAUCCCAAUAAAUUUAAAAGGAUUGAAAUCAUACAGCAGUGCCUGAUUGGCUCCAUCAGUUAAGUGUUGGAUUCUUGAUUUCGGCUCAGGUCAUGAUCUCAAGGUCCUGAGAUCAAGCUCCAUGUGGGGCUCUAGACUGAGUGUGGAGCUUGCUUGGGAUUGUCUCUCUCCUUCUUUCUCUGCCCCUCUCUUGCUUACACUCUCUCUCAAAAUAAAUAAAUAAACAUUUUAAAAAGGCAGUGAAAUCAUACAAUAUAUGUUCUCUGACCACAAUGAAAUGAAAAAUCAAUAGCUACGAAAUUUGGGAAAUUCACUAGUACAUGUAAAUUAAACAACCACUAUUAAAUAAUCAAUGGGUCAAGGAAGAAAUCCAAAGAAAAUUAGAAAAUACAUUGAGAUGAAUGAAAAUGAAAACAUAACAUAUGGAAAUUUAUGGGAUGCAGUGAAAGCAAUGCUCAAAGGAAGAUUUAUAGCUAUAAAUGCAUAUGUUAAAAGAAAAAAAACUCCAAUCAACAACCUAGUCUUCUGCCUUAAGACACUGAAAAAGAAGAUCAAACUAAAUUCGGAACAAUUUUAACUAUACUGGAAUAAAAAAAAACACCUUAAGAGCAAUCAAAAGGAAUGAAAUAAUAAGGAUUAAAGUAGGAAUGAGUGAAAUAGGAAACAGGAAAACAGGGGUGCCUCUCUGGCUCAGUCAGAAAAGCAUAUGACUCUUGAUCUCAGGGUCAUGAGUUCAAGCCCCACAUUGGGUACAGAGAUUACCUAAAUAAAUAAAAACUUUCAAAACAAAAAGGAAACAGAAAAACAAUAGGGAAAAUUAACAAAAUGAAAAAAUGGGCUCUUUAAAAAAUCAACAAAAUGGACAAGACUUCAGCUAGAUUAACCAAGAAAAAAGGAAUACGAUUCAAAUUACUAAAAUCAGGAAUGAAAGAAGGAACAUAACUACUGAACCUACAGAAAUAAAAAUAUUUAUAAAGGAAUACUAUGAACUUCUAUAUACCAACAAAUUAGAUAACUUUGAAAAAAAAUUUCCUGAGAAGGACAAAAAGCAUUCAAACUAACUCAAGAAGAAAUAGAAAAUCUGAACAUACCUGUAAUGAAAAGAUUAAAUUGAUAAUCAAAAGACCUCCCACAAAGAAAAACCCAAAACUAGAUGGCUUGUCAGGUGAAUUCCACGUCACAUUUAAAGAAGAAUUGGUACAAAUUCUUCACAAACUCUUCCAAAAAAUGCAAGAGGAGAAAACACCGCUCAACUCAUUCUAUGAGACCAGAAUUAUCCUGAUACCAAAAUUACACAAAGAUAUUACAAUAAAACUACAGACUAAAAUCUUUUAUAAGUAUUGAUGCAAAAAUACUCAAGAAAAUACUAGCAAACUGAAUCCAGCAACAUAUAAAAAGAAUUAUAUUCCAUGAUCACAGAGAUUUAUCCUAAGGAUGUAAGAUUGGAUCAAUGUAUGAAAAACAGUCAGUGUAAUAAGCCAUAAUAGAAUAAAAGGCAAAAAUGACGUGAUCAUUUUAGUAGAAGCCGAAAAAUCAAUUGACACAAAUCUAAAACAUUUUUAUAAUAAGAACACUCAAUAAAUUAGUGAUAGGAGGGAGUUUCUUUAACCUGAUAAAGGACAUCUACAACAAACACACACCAACAUCAUACUUAAUGAUGGAAGACUGAAAUCUUUCCCCCUAAGAUCAGGAACAAGAUAAGUUAUGUCUACUCAGAUACUUCAACAUUUUACUUGAAAUCCUAGCCAGUACAAUUAGGCAAGAAAAAGAAGUAAAAGACAUCAGAUUGGAAAAGAAGAGGUAAAACUGUGUUUAUUUCCAGAUGACAGAAUCAUGUAUGUAGAAAAUCCUAAGGAUUACACAUACACACACACACACACACACACACACACACACACACACACACAAAUACUACUGGAUAUCAUGGGCCUGGGUGGCUCAGUUAAGCCUCUGACUUCAGCUCAGGUCACAAUCUCACAGUUCAUGAGUUCAAGCCCCAUGUCAGGCUCUGUACUGACAGCUCAGAGCCUGGAGCCUGCUUCAGAUUCUGUGUCUCCCUCUCUCUCAGCCCCUCCCCUGCUCAUAUUCUGUCUCUCUCUGUCUCUCAAAAAUAAAUAAACAUUAAAAAUUUUUUAAAUUAAAAAACACUAUUGGAUAUAAUAAAUAAGUUCAGCAAAGGUGUAGGAUAAAAGAUCAAGAAUCCAAAAUCAGCUUUAUGUCUAUACACUAGCAACAAACCAUCUGAAAUGAAAUUAUAAAACAAUUCCAUUUAUAAUAGUAUCAAAAAGGAUAAAAUUUACAAAUAAAUUUAACAAAAUGCUUUCAAGCUUUGUACACUGAAAACUGUAAAACAUUGUGAGAAGGAGAUGUGACUGUAGAAGAAAGAGGAAGUGAGAGAAUAUCAUGAGAAGGACUUGGCCUACCAUUGUUGGCUUUGAAGAUGGACAAGCAUGUGAUGAAUCAAGGAAUGAGGGUGGCCUCUGGUAGCUAAAAAAGAAAAUAGAUUAUUCCCUGGAGCAUCCAGGAAGGAAUGCAAUCCUGAUUUGAUUUCGGUGAAUCCAUGUGGGAUUUCUGGCCUAUGGAACUGUAAAAUAACAAAAUUGUGUUGUUUGAAGCCACUAUGUGCCAAUUUGUUAUACAUGCCAUAGAAAACUAAUACUAAUGGUAACACUGUCAAACACUCCCGAAACAAUCUUGAAAAAAACAAAGUUGAAGGACUUACACUGCAUGAUUUUACAACUUAGUACAAAGCUGAAGUAAUCAGGACAGUAUGGAUAAGGAUAGACAUAGAACAAUGGAAUAGAAUUGAAAGCCCAGGAACAAACCUUCACACUUAUAGUCAAUCCAUUUUCAACAAAAGUUCCAAGACAAUUCAAUGGAGAAAUAAGUUUCUUUCAACAAAUGAUAGUGAAACAACUGGAUAUACACCUGCAAAGGAAAGAAUUUAGAUCCACGUCUUACAACAUAUACAAAAAUUAAUCCAUUAUGAAUCAAAGACUCUAAAUGUAAAAGUUAAAACUAUUGAACUCCUAAAGGAAAACAUAGGCCUAUAUCUUUAUGACCUUGGAUUAGACAAUGGGUUACACCAAAAGCAUAAACAACAAAAGAAAAAAAAUAGACUGGACUUCAUCAAAAUUAACUUGUGUUUCAAAGGACACCAUCAAGAAAGUGAAAAGACAGUCUAUAGAAUAGGUGAAAAUAUUUGCACAUCAUACAUCUGAUAAGGAACUUAUGUCCAUAAUAUAUAAAAAAUUAACAGAAAUCAAUAAUAAAAGGACAAAUAACUAAUUUAAAAGCAGACAAAGGAUUUAAAUAUACAUUUCUACAAAGAAGAUAUAUAAAUGGCCAAUAAGCACAUAGAAUACAUAGAAAGCCCAAUAAACACAUAGAAAUAUGCUCAAAAUAAUUAAUCAUUAGGGAGAUUCAAAUCAAAACCACAAUGAGAUACUGCUUCCCACCUACUUGAAUGGCUAGACAACAACAAGUGUUGGUUAGGAUGUCUGGAUACUGGACCCUUCAUAUAUUGCUGGUGGAAAUGUAAAAUGACACGUUUGCUUCAGAAAAAGUUCCUCAGUGAUUAAGGAGAGUUACCAUAUGACAUAGCAAGUCCACUCUUAGGUCCAUAUUCAAGAGAAUUGAAAAUAUUUACACAAAAAUGUCUACACAAAAACUUGCACAUGAAUGUUCAUAGACACUUACUCAUUACACCAAAUAGCAGCACAAACAUCCAUCAACUGAUCAGUGGAAAAAUAAAAUGUGGUAUGUCCAUACAAUUGAAUAUUAUUCAGCCAUAAAAGGCAUGAAGUACUGAUGCAUGCUACAACAUGGAUGACCAUUGAAAACAAUUUGCUAAGUGAGAGAAACCAGACACAAAAGACCACACAUAAUAUGAUUCUAUGUAUACAAAAUGUCCAGAACAGGAAAAUCUAUAGAGUCAGACAGUAGGGUUUUCAGGACCUGGUUGCCAUGGUCUGGAGGAAGAGGAAAUGGAGAGUGAUUGCAAAUAUAUACCAGAUUUCUUUUGGAAGUGCUACAAAUGUUCUGGAAUUAGAUGCACAACUCUGUGAGUAAUCUAUAACCCCUGAAUGGUAUACCUUAAAAGAGCAAAUUUUACAGGAAACACAUUAUCUCUCAAUAAAAAAGAAUGUUAUGACCAUUUAGAUUAGCUUUUUCUUAAGUAAGCUCUACACCCAACAUGGGGCUUGAACUCAUAACCCCAAGAUCAAGAGUCACAUGCUCUAGCAACUUGGCUAGCCAGGUACCCCUAUCAUGACCAUUUAAAGAACAACCUAGAAGCAUUUAGUUGUAGUAGGUACUUGUAUUCCUGUGAUUCAGCACCUCCCUCCUGUCCCUAUACUUCUGAUAAUCAGAUCCAUAGGGACAUAUGCAUGGGGAUGUUUACUGUGUUGUUUUUGACAGGGAAAUGAAAUGUGGUGGAUGCAUGUUAUCAACCAUCAUGCAGCAGUUAGCAGCAAUGAGCCAGAUGGACAUCUCGCACUUUAAAUAGAUCCUAGAAACAGUGUCAAGUUAAAAAAUAAAAAGAGUGAGAACAAGAUCUAUAGUAAGCACUAUUUGUGUAAAUUAAAAAUGCAUAAAUAUAACAUAUUCUUCAAUGAUAUAUGCAAAUGCAAGAAUAUAGCAUCUUAGAAUGGCUACCCUUAGCGGGAGUGAGGACUGGGAUAAAGACUCAGAAUGAAGGGGGAAAAUAAUAAAAUAAAAUAGAAGCAAAGCCAAGGACAUGUGAAUGUUGAUAAUGUGCCGUGACUGAGAAGUGUAAAUAACUCAACUCUCUGCCCUUGAGGUCUAAGGAGAGACAGAGAAGGAAGAGGAUAAGAAAGAAGGACUAGGGAGGAGAGGAGGGCAGAGAGAAGCUAGCUCAAAUACACUCCAAUAUGUUAAGAGAUGUUAUCUCUAGGAGGUGAGGUUUAUUUCCCCAUCUCUUUACUUCUCCACCUCUUUUAAAAACAAUGGGAAGGGAAUAUUUUGUUUUGUUUUGUUUUAAAAGGUUAAGAAAUGGGGGCGCCUGGGUGGCUCAGUCGGUUUGGUAUCUGACUUCAGCUCAGGUCAUGAUCUCACAGUUCAUGGGUUCAAACCCUGUGUCUGGCUCUAUGCUGACAGCUCAGAAUCUGGAUCCUGCUUCAGAUUCUGUGUCUCCCUCUCUCUCUGCCCCUCCCCCAUUCGCCCCACCUCAAAAACAAACAUUAAAAAAAUUUUUAAAAAAGAUUAAGAAAUGGCAAAAGUCUUAGAUAGCUUUUGAGUGACAUUUAAGGGCACCUUGAUGCUGCAGACAGCCAAAGGAUUAUAACCAGUACCAUUCCCUUAGGUUGUUAAAGUGGAUUAAAAAUGACUGCCCUGUGAAGUGUAACCCAUCACUGCCUCUCUCCAUUCUAAUCAGAUCUGUUCUAACAUAAAAUUGACAUAUUGAGUACUCAGAGAGUCACCAGUGACCUGGAUCCCACUCAGCUGUAGUCAAAUAUUAUCAUCCUGCUGAAAGAAAGGUAUCUGAUAGGUUUCUAUCUAGUCUUACAAUAUGGCAAUGUUUCAAAAGUCUCAGAAAUCAGUAAAAGAAAGGCUCUUCAAGAUUUAAUUCAAAACCAGCUGGAAGAACUGGAUAGGAUAAGCAAGUGUCAGGAAUCUUGGAAAUUCUCUUGGAGGACAUCUCAGUAUCUCACUUGGCUCUGUGCUGGGGCAGCGCAGUAAUUACCCCCACCACUGGAUCCACCUAAUCCUACUUACAGAUUCAACUCAGACCUAAGAUCUGAUACCACCAGUUAAAAUUUUUUUUUUAAUUUUUUUGAUGUUUAUUUUUUUUUGAGAGAGGGAGAGAGAGCGAGGGAGCAUGCAAGCAGGGGCAGGGAAGAGAGAGAGAAAGAGAGGGAGACAGAGACACAGAAUCUGAAGCAGCCUCCAGGAUCUGAGUUGUCAGCAUAGAGCCCAACUCAGGGUUCGAAUUCAUAGGCCAUAAGAUCAUGACCUGAGCCGAAACCACACGCUUAACCGACGGAGCCACCCAGGCGCCCUGAUACCACCAGUUUUAGAGGGGAGAUGUAAGGAACCCUGGACUUGAUACUUUUUAGUAUCUCACUAUGUCAGCCUUGCGCCCCAUCCUAUGACUUGGUAUCCAGGUCCUUGCUAUUAUAAUUCUAUUCCAUUUCCCUUUCUGGUGCCCCAGUUCCCUCAUGACUAGAGUGCUCUCUUGCUUCUCCAAGCCCUGCUCCCUAACCCGCGAGCAAAUGACUUCUUAGUGUUGAGUGGCUUUCUACACACCAUUCUGGCAGAGCUUAAUAACUUCUAGGUCUGGCCUAACCUACUCCUGAGUUGACAGAACUAUGACAGGAUAACAGACCUAUGCAAAAUAUGAAAGAAGCAAAAGAGUGGCUCCAAUGGGUCUGUCUGAUGGAGGUUGGAGCCCCACAUGAGUUGAACCAUGUGAAACAGGUUAGGAACACAAAAGGUAUGAGUUAGAUGCAGGGGCGGGGGACUCAUUUUAAUCACUGUUUUGAGCAGAAAGAAAAAAAAAAGCGAUAGGCCUACAGCUUCGGGCAGAUGGUUAAUGUUAACAGAUGGCAGAUAAAAAGAAGUACUAUUUUUAUUUUUGCUAUAUUCUUCAACACAGUGCCAUAAAACUAGGGAUUGGCAUAUAUUAUUCAAAUUUUCAGAAAAGUGAAAAGAAAGAGGUCAAUUUUAGAAACCGCAGAUUGAGGAACAACUUAUUGUUACGAUAAUAAAACAGGAACAAUAAUGAAAUGCAAGAUGUAUUGAGAAAUCACAAGAGGAGCAUGGUACUAAAUGUUUUCCACACAUGAUCUCAUUUUAAUCAUCACAUAAAACCCCUAAAGAAGGUAUUAUUAUCCUCAUUUGACAGAUGAAACUGAGGCUCAGAGAAGCUGAAUAACUUGAUGUAGCUCACAAUAAAAAGCUAGGAUUUAAACCCAGAUGUGUUUAACUACCAGACCCGUGCAGUUCAGAUUCCAAAACAAGUUGUUUAUGAUUGUGUAGAAAAUAAAGUGGUAUUUGUUAGGAGCCUACAUGAGUUGAUUAACAGCCCAUCAUGCCAGACUAUAUUUAAACCACUUUACUGGAAAGUUAUACCCACAAAGUUCAGGGAAGGCAAAUGCUGUACAAUGUCACUGUAAAGAAUAAAGAAGAAGAAAAACAGCUUGGUGGACAACAGACUAAACAGACUUGUAGCUGGAAUGAUCGUUUCCUAAAAGUGUUGCUCAAACAGUGGAACAAACCUACUCAUCAGGAGGCCUCCAGUGCCCUGCUGAAGGACUCUGAAUUUGCCUAGCCCAGUCAACAAUUUUAUCAGUGAAUUGAAUAAAAUAUGUAUGGCAUGUUUGUCAAAUUGCAGAGGACAAAAGAGAUAAUUAUUAGAUAACAGUGCAAAAAAUUUUUUCUAAAAAUCUCAUCAGGUUGGAAUGUUGAGUCACAGCAGACCAGAUAAAAAUUAUGAAGAAAAAAGAUACAGAAUCUUUUAUUUAGGUCCAUAGUACCUUUAAGGAAGACACUGGAGAGAAGUAGGCACACAGCCAUCCUGUGACAGAUGCUAGAGAUGUUAACUACACAUUCAAUCUGAUGAUAUGAUUGUUAAAUGGAAAAUAAGUCUGGGGCAGUGUUAAUAGUGCCAGGAUAAACAGACACUAUUCUUUCCAUCCUCAGCAUUAGACAUCCAAUUUAGGUUCUGGAAAUAUUUUGUGAGUGGGUUGUUUCAGUUUUCUAUUGGUAUAAAACCACUCAAACUCGGUAGCUUAAUAAAUUUUAUUCUUAUCUCUCAUGAUUCUGUGUGUUGGUUGGUCUCAAUCGUGUGUUUCUUCUCUUGGUUUUGCUCAGAAUCUCUCUUGCAGUUGCUCAGUUGACAGCUGGGGCUGAAGCACUCUGGAGGCCCUUGGGCAGGAACAUUCAAGAUGGCGUCUUCACUCACAGAGCUGACACCUCAGUUCUCCACACGCUAUCUUAUCCUCCCAGGCAUUUCCUCCCCAGCAGGGCAGCUAAACUUUUUACAUGUUGGCUUGUUUCCACGGAGCACAAUGACUCGAAGUGUCAGACUUUCUCAAGGCUUAGGACCAAAACUGACACAGUCACUUCUGCCCAUUCAGUGUAGGUCAAAGAACAGCCAAAAUUCACGAUGGGAGGGACUACAUAAGGACAUAAAUACUAGGAGGAAUCAUUCGUUGGAGCCCAUCUUUGGAGUCCACUGCAGGAAGGCAAUGAAGUUUAUAAUUAAUUUUAUUCUAAAAUUUAUAUAUAAGGUGAUGGGGCACCUGGGUGGCUCAGUUGGUUAAGUGUCCGACCUCAGCUCAGGUCAUCAUCUCACAGUCUGAGAGUGUGAGCCCCACGUCAGGCUCUGUGCUGACAGCUCAGAGCCUGGAGCCUGCUUCAGAUUCUGUGUCUCCCUCUCUCUCUGCCCCUCCCCUGUUCAUGCUCUGUCUCUCUCUGUCUCAAAAAUAUAUAAAAAAAAUUUUUAAAAUUUUAAAAAAUAAAAUAAAAUAAAAUUUAUAUAUAAGGUGAAAGACAAAUACAUUUGGAGAUUUUAGCACAGACAUGAUGUCUUAUAGUUCACAAGAGUUUUCAAAUUUUGGGAGGACUGUGUACAGAAGACAGCUUAAAUAUACCCUGUGUAGCUCCAGCGCACAAAAUUAGGACUGGGGGUAGGUUUCAACUCAACUGCUAUGUAUCCAAUUGUCAAGGGUGUGGAGAGAAGCUUCUGUCUGAACAGGAAAUCAUACUGGAUAGACUCCAAGGCGCCCUUCAACCUCAAAAACUAAGUUUCUAAUUAUACACCUCCUCCUGUUAAUUAUUCCUUGGUAUAUUCCAUCUCCUCAGCCAGAUUUUAAAUUGAAGAAGCUGGACAAAACAAAAUAAAUACAAAUAUUUCUGGACAGCUUCUAGUGUUAGCUCUCCCAGCAGUCAGCUGCCAUAUAAUUUUGGAUAAAUCACUUAAUAUCCCUGGGCCUCAAUUUCUUCUGAAAAAGGAAGGGGUUGAAUUGUAAUUUCCCUCCCAGUACAAAGUGAGGAUAAUAAACAACAACUUUGAUGGAAUUACUUUAAGAAUAAAAUGGCAAUGAAAGUAGAUAAAGUACUUUAGAUAGCAACUGGCCUAUUCUCUGUGCUUAAUAAAUAUUAGCUUUCAUUAUUCCCAUGGUGACAAUGAUGAUGUUUUCUGAUUCUAUGAUUUCCAUGUAUAUAAUAAAAUCUUGAAUCACUUUAGACCUUCACUUCUUUUGCUCUUCUCAGCAGCAAUCAGGAAGUAACUCAUAAUAAUCGCUGGUCUAAGUUUUCUGACCAGGUAACCAGGUUCCCACCAUGACCUUGUAAAGGGCAAACCCUCAAUGAACAGUUGAAUUAAAUUUGAAACGGUUUGGGCAACAAAUGUGUUCUCCUGCUCUAUGUCAGCAGAGGGAGCCAAAGAAAAGGAACAAAUCCUUUCUCUGAUUAGGUACCAAAAAGAGCGAGACAGGUCAGAGGCUUUUAGAGGUAUCCUUAUUCACCCUUCCUACCCUCAUUUUAUAAAUUACGAAACAGGCCAAUGGAGGAAAGGAGAUUUCCCAAGGUUACAAAAUAAUAAGUGGUAAGGUUAUCUGAAAAGCAAGUCUGUCUCAAUCCUGGUUCCUGGGUCUUUGACUCGUGGUCUUUCGUACGCUACUAUAAUUGCUUUCUUGUUCUUCAAGGAAAUUAGCUGCAGAUUAUUCCAACUUCAAUGUUCUCUUUUGCCUCACUUAUCUGAUAGCAUAGUCUUUGGGUUUGAAUCCUGGCUCUGCCUCUUACUAAUUGUGUGACCAUGGGCAAGUUACACAGCCUCUCCAAGAUUCAGAAUCCUAUGGUUUUAAGUGGUUAUAAUAAUUAUACUUCUUUCAAAGGAGAAGCAAAUUAAAUAAUGCAAUAUAAAAUGUCUCGUAAGGCAUUUCAUGCCUUGAGCGCAUGAGGUGACUUAAUAGGUAUAAAUACCCAUUUUUGUCAAAAGAAAUUAUUUUAUCUAAAUGAAUUGAAAACAGAUAAUGUGGGUCUCAAACUCAGAUGCUUACAGAAGCUAGCCAUUUAAGUUAAGUUGUCUGGGGGUCGCCAAGGGGGCUCAGUCGGUUAAGCAUCUGACUUCAGCUCAGGUCAUCAUCUCAGCCAUUCAUGAGUUCGAGUCCUGCAUUGGGCUCUGUGCUGACAGCUCAGAGCCUGCUUCUGAUUCUGUGUCUCCCUCUCUCUCUGCCCCUCCCCCACUCACACUCUUUCUCUCAAAAAUACAUAAACAUUUAAAAAAAUUAAAUAAAAUUGCCUGGGUAUAUAACAACAGGGACUUCUAGGGACUAUGGCAAACCACAGAGUUCAUGGCCAAGGGAGACAACCUUUACUGGGAAGAAAUUUAAGCCCACUAUUGUCAGAUCUUCCAACAUGUUGAGAGAAGUUGGGAAUCUGGGCGUUUAUGUGCAAAUUUCUGAUUUUCAAAAAUGUUGCACAGACCAAAUAAAAUCCAGGCCAGCAGCUUGUUAUUUUCAAGUUAAUUUUAGAGUGCCAUAUGCAGCAGACACACAACACACUAGACUUGAGAAACUCAGCCCAAUAAAUUCAGGAAAAGAUAUUAUGUCUCUCAUUUGGAGUGCCAAUAAUAUGAACCCACAGGAAUGUUUUUCCAAGGACCUUACUCAGCAAACACACUGAACUCCUGAGGAUUAUUUUGCAAUCUCUAGAAUAUCUUCCAGUUUUUCUUGGUGACUUUAGAUUCUGCCCACUCCAUGCCUGAUGCCAUUUGAGUUACCACAGUCUUCCAGCUUGACUAUAAAUUAUACAUUCCACACUGGUAUGUUUUUUCUUUACAAGGUAGAAAAUAACAUUUCACAAUUUUAUACAUAACAUUCAUUUUUAUUUAACAGCUACCUUCAUUAGAUAUUCAUUGAAAAGAGGUUCAUUGUAAGCAACAACUAGGUGGGGGGGGGAGGAGUUGGGUGUCUAGAAUCUUCUAUACCAAACUUCCAAUACACAUGAAGUAUAACAAUCACUUUGUUUCAGUCAACCACACACACAAAAGUAAACUGUAGGCACAUCCGAAUGGGAAAGAGAAAACGUAAUGAUAAAUGCAAAUGAAAAAAGGGGAAGGUAUCAACUAGCAGAGUGGUUCAAUCCAAACUUAUUAAAGAUCCUUGAGUGGUUUCUCCUCCUCCACCUUGGCAGGUGUAAGCCCCAUGGUUUACGCUUCAUUUCCAGAGAGUAGUAUCUCCACCAUCUCCCUUCCUACGGGAGAAGAAAGGCUGAUUGGAAAAUGUUUUGUUUUCAUGAUGUCACUAACUUGCAAAAUGGUCUCAGCCUUGUAGUUGUAUUUAUAGAUAGGUGUGCUGCAGGCCACUUUUCUGGAAAUGGUAGGAAGAUAUUGCCCUGAGUAUAACCUUUUGUUUAAAACUGAGGUUUCCUAUUAGCUUGGCCAAAUGUGAUUAUGUUGACUUGGUUAUAUUAGCAUUGUUUCAAUACUUCAAAGAAGCUUUUUAAAAAUCAGCCCAAGAAUAUUAAGAAACAUGACUCAGCCAGGUCAGUGGGAGUGGCACCAAGUUAAUGAAACAAGGAGGCUGGGAAACCCUGAUAGCUGAGAUGGGGGCUAAGUGAGACCAUCUAGGAGACAGCCAGGGUGUCCUGUGAUCCAGAGUCUCAGGUCUAGUAAGCAGUGGAAACCAGGGCCCUAGGGAGAGAGAGAGAGACAAGGCAUGGAUGGCACUGUGCCCUCCCCUCCCCAACUCAUUUUAAUAUGGAAG